AUGGCUGGAGCAAUGGUACCAGCGCUUGCUCUGUCCCUCAGCUUAGUGGUCAAGUAUAGUGAGGGUCAACUAAGUGCUUUCGAUAUAAACCAUGACGAGGAUAUCGAGGGAGGUAGUGAUGAUGAGGUUGAGGAGACAGAUGAAGCGGCUGAGUUAGAUCCGGACGCAACCUUGGAAAUCACGGACAAAGUGUUCUUAUCCAUCGAUAGUGCCAAAGGGUUCG